AUGUGUCGGGCCAAAGAUUUUGUCGAAGGUGUUGUGAGAACUGCUGGUGACGAGUUUAAAGCAAAGAUGACAACUUUCAAUGGUGUUAUCGAGAUCCUUGACUUCAACGAAAGUGUACUCUUGGGGAAGAGGAAUGUUCGGUCGGCUGGGCUCCGGUUCGGAGGAAAACCGGCAUUUUCCUGCUCGAGUCAGGGUUCUGAUGAUGAAAGGGAAGAUACUCUCAAGAUUAUAGGGAUUGCUGCUGGGGCUUACCACAGUCUUGCUCUUACAGAUGAUGGAAAGGUUUGGGGCUGGGGUUACAACAUCUUACUCCUUCACUACGAUGUGGAUGGCCAAAUUGAUGGUACUGGGAAAAAUUGUUUGGCUCCUGAGUUAUUAAACGGUUUCUCCGCAUCGGAAUCUCCCGACUCUUCAACUCAAGAUGAUGAUAGCAAGAGCGGCAAACCACUCAAGAUUUCCUCUGUAGAAGCUGGAGGAAUGAUGUCACUCGCGAUCGACGAGCUCGGGUCCCUUUGGAUAUGGGGUAACUGCCCCAACCCUUCCCAAGCCCACGAAUCCCCCGAGAUCACAUUUUCGCUUGUCAGCACCGGAUCACCGCUCCCUGUCUCCAACUUCCACGGCCACACGGUCGUCAAGGUUGCAUGUGGAAACGAACAUGUGAUCGCAUUAGUCACAGCUGGAGAAACCUACAUGGGCAGCAGGGACCUUAUCUGCUACUCGUGGGGCUGCAACACCCAUGGCCAGCUAGGAUUGGGGGACAAGGUAAGCCGGUCGAGCCCCAAAAUUAUUGAGAAAUUCAACUUGGACUCUCCCUGGGAGGUCUAUGACAUGGCAUGCGGUGCGGCCCACACGGCUGUUUUAGCAAAGAGAAAAUCACCGAACGAGAUUGUGGAAAGCUUCUGCUGGACGUUUGGGUUGGGCGACAACGGACAGCUAGGGCAUGGGACCACACAGGGCUCAGAUUCGCCCGAGAUCGUCAAGGGUUUGCCCUCGGGGGUAUUUUUGGUAUCGGUCGGGUGCGGUUUGUUCCACACAAGCGUUGUCUCGUCUAGUGGGGAAGUGUGGUCAUGGGGCAUGGAGAAGGGGUUGGGGCUGUGCCCGGACGCCACCUUCACAGGAACGGAUGCUGGCGAUGCCCUUCUCCCUCUGCUCCUUCCCUCCAGAUUUUGGGAACCCUCGCGGGUUGCGUGCGGCGGGGCCCACACAGUCCUUGUGACAGAUAUGGGCUACAGAAUCUGGUCUUGGGGCCGAGGAUUGAGUGGAGCCCUCGGGAGCGGAAGGACGGAUGACUCGUACUCGCCCGCCCCAGUGUUGUGGCCGCCAAUCAGCGAUGAUGAUAUUGGCAAUGGGCAAAAUGCGAAUAAGGGUCCGGAGGGGGGUGUGGAGAUUGAGAGGGCAAAGAUUCUCGAGUCGAGACUCUCGGCGGUGGAGAGAUACGCGUGUGUUCUUCAUGGCUUGAUUUUUGGGAGGCCGCUGGAGGUUGAUGAGAUCCCUAUCUCGGUUCUCGAGUCGGGCGCGUUUGAUAUCGCAAAGGAGUGGGAGAGAAUGGUAGAUUCUUUGGACCAAAGGGGACUCGUUCGUUUGGAGAUGUUUUAUAGGGACAUGCGUGCAAGCGUGAAGGAUAAGCUGUUGAAGAGGAGGGUGCUGGAGAUGACCUGUGAACUUGACGUGCCCGGGUUAUCCGAUGGACCCCCGGUUUUCGAUGAGGAACCGGAGGAGGUUGUGGCCAACCUUGCCGGUGACGUCGAGAUGGCUCUUGUUCCUCGGCGUUUAUGUUUGACGCACCGGGCUUCGACUUUGGAUUAUGGUUUGUUUGUGACAGACAGUCUAGUUGAUCUUUAUUACAAGUGUGGGAACAUUGACUCUACUGUUAUGGCAUUCAGGGUAAGUCCUUACAGAAACAUAGUAUAUUGGAUUUCUCUGCUAUCUGGAUUUGUUCAUAAUGGGAAGCAUGCAGAAGCAUUGGCAUUGUUUUCUUUCAUUGUUGAUACUGUUGAUGAGGUCACUUUAGCGAACCUGCUUGCCACGUGCAAGGUCUCGGGAAAUCUACAUCAACGUAAAUCGAUUCACGCUAGAGUAAUUCAUGGAUAUUCACAGUCGAAUAAUUUGGUCGUGAAUUCAUUGUUUGAUGCAUACUUCACGUGUCAUGCGGAAACUACACUUGCUUUUGUGGAAGAGAACAAUUUCUCUAAUCUGGCAAAAACUUUACCCGGGGAUAUUGGUCAAUGGCAGCCUGGUGGGAGCUUGAAGAUUGUUGAUCGCAACAAGAAUAGUUUUCAACACUCACAAGUAGAAUAUGUUGCAGUGGAUAAUUUCGAGGAUGUCUAUGGUCUGGUUUCUGAUAUUGUCUCGAUAUGGGUUUAUGGGAACAGUUUUGAGGUCUUUCUUGUUGUUAUUAAUCCACCCAAACAUGCAAUGGAGCAACGGGCAGCACAAACUUUUUUUGUUGCUAAUAUUAAUCCCAACACGCAAGAAGUGGAACAAUGGGCAACACAAAUUAGUGUGACUGGGGACUUCAAUGCCCUCUGUGAAAUUGCCAAUGUGAGGAAAUAUUUUAUUGAGCUCACAAGGAUUGCAAAAGACAAGAAGUUGAAAGAAUUUAUGCUUGAUGAUAUGCAAAUUGUCGUCAAUGCUUGA